CUCUCUUUUUCUGUCCGUCUCUGCCAUUCACGCAUCACUCUGCUCAUCCACACCUCACGCCAGCUGUAUCCUUGCCAUAACGGCCAGUCCUUCGCUCAACACCGGUAUACGACGAGCCUCCAUCCACAGGACACCGGGACCGCCACCUGCAGGAGCGAAACACGACAACAACAGCCCCUGUUCGCUCACAAGCACCACGCAUAACCGCACAAGAUGCGUCCGGCACAGCUCCUCUCCUCGGUUGCUCUUUUCUCAGCCCUGAGCUCAGCAUCAGCACCAUGGUCCGAGUCCUUCCACCUCAAAGCCAUCCGCGACAUCAACGACUACAUCUUCCCGCGACAGGACAACUCUGAGUCGAGCGCCGCUGCUUCCAACACAGCCGAUUCUUCUAGCGCAAAGUCAACAGCCGCAUCGUCAGCAAAAUCCACAGCAAGCUCGUCGAACAAGGACUCUUCGACCGACGGCAGCGCUGCUACCACGACCGGAUCCGAUCAGAGCAGCGCCGCUUCAUCCGGAAGCUCAAAGUCUGGUGACCCCUCGGACGCUUCGACGACCGGCAAGUCGACGGGCAAGAGCAGUGGAAGCAACAAGGCAACAAGCACGGCGUCAUCUGCAAAGACAAAGACGUACGGAAACACGGCUGGCUACGGCGGUAUCGCCAUGAUCACGCCCGACGUCUAUGCAACCUCGACCUACUACAAGAUUGGCAACUUCAUCACCUUUGCCUGGAACAUGACUUCCCUGUCCGCCACCCCGACUGCUCUCGACGUCAUGGCCUCCUGCGCUGCCAACCAGCACAUGUACACUCUCGCCGUCAACCAGACCGUCAAUGGCACAUCUGGUACCGUCACAUGGGACACCGGCGACUACCAGAGCACCGCCACCAUCCCUCUGCUCACAGAGACCUACACUCUCGUCAUCAUGGACGCCGCUCUGCCUGCUGUCAGCGCGACUGCCGCUUAUGGCCACCUCCCCGUCUACAGUGGCCAUCUCUUUGCCAUGUAUGUCCCUCAAAGCACAGACUACCACAACACUUCUGGCAACGACACCCAGAUUUACACUUGCAUCACCUGCAAGAGCGGAGCCAGCUCGCUCGAAAGACAGACGCUAGCCGUCAUCUUUGGCACCGUCUUCAUCACCAUUGCCACCUUCUCCAUCUUCGUCGGCGGUUCUGGCAUCCUUUGAGCCGAUGAUUACAUCCAAGAACAAAAUGAUUUAGGGCAGGAGUUUUACUUGGGGAUUAUCUGUGGUCAUCUGCAUCGGGAAGGCGUUUUAUCUCAAUUAGGCAAUGCUUGGCUAUCUUCCUGUGCAUGUUUCGUUAUCAUUUUGUCUAUAUAUAUCACAUUUCUGACUCUCAUUUUGGUUGACUGAUAAUUGCUUGUUUGCUCCGACGUUCGUGAAGCAGGCGCGCCUAUUGAGCCACUUGCCCAUAACACUGAAAAGGCUUAUUUUUCCACCUUCUGCU